GCUCGGCUCUCGCUCCGGCUCCCGCUCCCGCUCCGCGGAGACGGCAGGCAGAGAGGUGAGCUCAGCCCUGCUCCGCGAGGGGCCCGACCCCCCACCCCGCCUUCUCUCGGGUUCCGGGGAACCCCGCCCGCACCCCCUGCACGGCCACGGCCAGCCUCGGACCGGACGGCGGCGCCCAAGCCUCGGUGUGCCUCGGGCUUUAGGAGCUUGCUUCGCCCACAGAGAUCCAUGAUGCCAAACUGUGACCGUUCCUGCGGCUGUAGCCGUGGCCCCAACGUGGAAGACGGCAAAUGGUAUGGGGUCCGCUCCUAUCUGCACCUUUUCUAUGAAGACUGUGCAGGUAUGGCCCUCGGCGAUGACCCUGAGGGGCCUCCUGUCCUGUGUCCCCGCCGACCCUGGCCCUCACUGUGCUGGAAGAUCAGCCUGUCUUCGGGAACCCUUCUCCUGUUGCUGGGGGUGGCGGCCCUGACCACUGGCUACGCGGUGCCGCCCAAGCUGGAGGGCAUUGGAGAGGGGGAAUUCUUGGUGUUGGAUCAGCGGGCAGCCGAUUACAACCAGGCUCUGGGCACCUGCCGCUUGGCAGGCACGGCGCUGUGCGUGGCGGCUGGGAUCCUGCUGGCCAUUUGCCUGGUUUGGGCCGUGGCCGGCUGGCUGAGCCAAGACACCAAGGCAGAACCCCUGGACAUCGAAGCGGAUGGUCACGUGGAGAUCUUCGGGGACGAGCCAGAGCAGCAGCUGUCCCCCAUCUUCCGCGAUGUCAAUGGCCAAUCUUGGUUUUCACCACCUGCCAGCCCCUUUGGGCGAUCCUCUGUGCAGACCAUCCAGCCGAAGCGAGACUCUUAAGCUGCCCACAAGGCUAGAGGAGGAGCCAGACCUGGGGUCUGGACCAUUCCUCUGUCCCAUCACAUCCUGCCCUCCAACUGUCUCCUGAUUUCCCCCUGAGAAGCCGGUCCCUUCCACCUAUGUCCCCACAACACCCAGCAAAUCCCAGUGUCCCUCCCCGGGGAUCGGGCCCCAACUCAUCCAAGAUGCCAACUUUCCCCAAGUCCCCCCAAAACUUCCCACCCACCCCUCCUUCCCAAGGCCCUUCAGGAGUAGAACCCAUCCCCCUCAAUCUAUCCUCGCUCUACUCUGACCCUGGGCAAGUCCCGCACCCUUUCAGACCGUCAGUUCCUGUCUGCGUACUCUGAGGGGGUUGGAUCAGAUUCUAGAGUUCCAUGACUUCCCUAUUCUACCCAGAUAUAAGCAUUACUCUCCAUAUGCAAAGUUGGGGGGAAGGGUGGUAAGGUCGUCUUUAUCCCCUGACCCCUUCAUCUGUCAGCCGCACCAGGAUGCCCGAGGAUGGUUCAGAACGCUCACUUGGAUUCUCCUCCAGGAUGGUGCGAAAACAGUCACCUCCUGCGGACUGUAUUCUAUGUCCAUUUUGGUGUCAGAGCCCCUGAGGCCACCCCAUCAUGGGCUGUUCUCAGCCCCAGUUUACAGAUGAGGUGACCAAGGGAGGCUGGAAGUCUGCAGGAAUUUGGACCCCUGUCUUCAGCCUCCUCCCCGGCCAGCUCUUGUGCUGCAUGUGGAACAGGGAACCUGCUGGACACCUCAAGGGGUGGGGGACAGUUUUGGCCCAGAGAGCCUGGCUGGAGGCUUGAUGGUCCCAGGUAGCUCAGAAGAUAAUUUGGACGUGCGUUUAAAUGGUCUUUAAGAGCCCAGGGGGAGGAGAACCGGGAUGUCUCUGCCGAGGAAAAUGCACUCAUCUAGAAAGCAUCACCCAUAGGUCCUGACCUCCCUCACCUGUAAUGAAUGUGCCCUCCACCCUCCAUCCUGCAGCGGCUCUGGCCAGACGCAUCAUCUCCAUUCUUACCACUAGGGGGCGCUCCGAGACAGCCGGAGAGAGGCGCCGAUGGACUCCGCCGCAUGCCCUCCCCCCUCGCCCGCACCUCCAGCCUGGAGGGGUCUCCCGGGAGGGUCCUCCGUUCUCCCCCUCCCGGCAGGCACUGCCGCCCUUGUGCCCCAGGCCCCUUCCCCAUCCUGCGCCUCUUUCAUCUUACCCUCCCUUUCAAUAAACAGCUGGGAUGGUUACCGA